UUUCAACAAACUAUUUUCAGUUUGCGUAUUGGUAACAAUGGAUUUGGAUUUUAACAACGAUUUAGAGAAACGCAUUUCGGACGCAUUUUGCGUAUUCGAUCAUCAUGGCGAUAAGCUCAUAGAUGUGCGAGAGGUGGGCACAGUUCUGAGACUGCUGGGCUGUGUGCCAACCGAGGAGGAGGUCAAUGAGGUAAUCUCUGCAACCGAAACGGAGGAGACAAGCGGCGUAGUGCAUUUGACCAAAUUCUUGCCACAUGUCUCGCAACUGCUCAUGGAACGCAAAAUGGAGCCAGCGCCGCCAGAGAAAAUUCUCGAAGCGUUCAAGACAUUGGACAUCGAGAACAAGGGCUUCCUAACCAAGGAGAACUUCGGCAAGCUGAUGAUGGAGGAGGGCGAGCCAUUUACCCAGGAGGAAAUGGAUGAAAUGUGGCCAGUGGCCAUAGAUCCCAUAAGCGGGCAUAUACCAUAUGAAUUGUAUUUGAAUCAGUUGAUGGUAUAUCUGUAA